CAUGCUGGCUAUAGUAGCACACACGUUGUUGACGAGCACGGAUGUAAUUUGAUAGACUCGUGAAACGUAUAUUCUUGUGAGGCACAAGUGAUCAUUCGUGUAUACGACUUGGAUAUAGCCGUGCCCAUGUGAGAAAUUAUCAGAGGAGAGACCAUACAGGUGUUGCACGUCUGUGAUCGCAUAUAUUUAUAAGACGUUUGACGAACUGUGACUGUUAUACCAAAGAACUGUACAAGUGGUGAAAAUGCCUGUCACUGCACUGGAUACGAAGGCAAUGCUACAAGUCCCGAGUGAGGAUGGUUUUGACAAGUACACAGCCUCAAUAGAACUGUCGAAUGCUUGCAGACAAUUCUACAAGUCUCGGGUGGAGACAGCAGAAGCUAUGAAGGAGAAGUGGGACAAGACCCCCUCCACGACGACCGAUGCCAAUGGCAACGGGAGGCAGAAGAACUCCAUCGACAAGGCCAUGGAGACACUUAGAGCCGAAAUGGCGUCGCUUAUGGACCAGGACCUGUCGCUGAUGAAGCAGCUCCUUACACUGAACGAAACGAUCGAAGAUCUGAAAUGGCAGAGAAAGUAUUACUACAGCAAAAGCGAUCUUCAAACCAGCUCAUGUGAUAUGGAAGGAAGUGACUGGUCAGUCUCGGAGACGGAAAUGUACGAAUCGGACAGUGAUGUGCCCACGAAAUAUCCCUCACCCUCCAACCUUUCUCUCGAAGGAAACUCCAAUACGGACAAUGAUUACCCCCCACGAUGCACGUCGUCAAGGCAACAGAUCAAUCUCAACAAUGUGUGCAACAACAGCAAUCUAUUCGAAAAGAGCAAAAAGUUGGACUCUCAAUGUUUAAUGAAUGGCAGUUCGUUCAUCUGUCACAGCGAACAGAACUCAUUUGACUCUGGUAUUCACGAGCCCUCCUGUGAUGUGGAAAUAAGAGUAUAAAUGACAUUGUGAUCAUACAGACAUUUUAGACUGCCAGAAAGUUAUUUCCUCCAUGUUUGAACCCAUUCGGAACAUCUCGGCUGAUUCCAAUACCUACACUACUCGACGACCGAAAUCAACCGAGACGUUCCGAAUGUUUGACCCUCCACCUGGUGGUGAAUCAGGGAACCAGAGUGCUCAUGACAAACACCCCUCAAAGACUGAAGAGUUCUGAUAUUCGAACUCAAGCUUAUGACUCUUUAUUGAAGGCGUGGACUGUUAUUACAAGCAUAUAUGCUUAAUUUAUUUGACGUGUCAUCUAUUUUAGAUGCAUAUGUUGUAGAUACAUGAACAAAAUGUAGAAUAUUAGUUAGAAACCUCAACGAACGCAGGUAACUAUCGCGGUUACCCUAAAGUUUUGACAAGACAACUUUUUUGCAAUUUUAAUAAAUUAUUGUGCAAUGCUAGAUUAGGUAUUUAAAAGUUUUGACAGCCUUCAGUUACAAAUGAAAGUAGUGUAUUCGAGACAAAAGAUUUGUAGUUUCUUUAGCAUUAACUUGACAUUGUCUUAUCAAUCGGCAAUAGUUUUAGAACGCAUCUUUUUAUGACAUCUACUAGAUAUUUAUUUUUCAAAACUUUAAGCAAUUCAGAUUUUACCUGAAAAUACAAAUUUGAAAUAUAUGUAAACGGGAACAGGUCCAUGCCUGUCUGAACUCAUUACAUACUAUUCAUCAUCACGGGCAGUUGUAAAUUUCAUCUGUAACAAAAAACGCACAGCUGUUGUAUAUAACAUGACAACUGCAAUAUUGUGAUCACGUUUCAUACCAUUGCAUCAUAUGGUCACGUGUUCAUCCGCUGUAUAUGUGGCUAUCUGUCACGAUGUAUAUUUCUGUUAUUGCUGAUUGAUAUGAACAUGUGUAUAUAUCAGUUAUAUCCCGACCCUGCAGUAUUGUAUAAGUUAAAUAUGACCAGAUCCGACUUGUCGAUUUCCGACACCCAGCAGCAUGAAGCUAGUCAUUCCGUAUUUGACAGUUUUAUGUGGAACCCUACCAUUGUACGAAAACAUUGUUGUUGAAUACUAUACACUGUCAUGAAAUGUUUAUUAUGCCAGUGAAUAAAGUAUUGUGAAAAGAA